AUGGAAACACCUCAACGCUCGCUGAGACAAGAGAUCGAGACCCUGCGUACGGAAUACGAUCGUUUUGAAUCUGCUGUGCUGAGCUCGUUCAACAAGCUCAAGCAAAAUGUCCAGAUUCUUGAACAGAGGACUCGUUCCCUUGGACAGCAGACCCUUGCACUGCAAGAGCAGAACCGCGUGCUCGAAGAACGAAUCAACGCUGUGGAAGAAGAAAACAGAACUCUCAGAGCUGUGGUCCCAGAUGUUCCUGUUCCUCGUCAACUGGACUUGGUCGAUCAGACUUCGAUCCCGGAAAGCAUAUCAGAAGAUCUUUCUGUUGCACAGUCCCCUGAAGAUACUAUUUCCGAACAUGAGACAGAACGCGACAGUCCUGAACGUCCGUACAAAGACAACUCUCCUGAGUACAUGCCUUCGCCAUCUCACCACGAAAGCGGCACUCCUGAACACCUUGUCGAAGCGCCUUCUAGAGAAAACUCUCCUGAGUACAUGCCUUCACCAUCUCACUAUGCAAGCUCGCCUGCACCUAUCGGCAAUAAUGCUCAGAACGCCAGCUUCACUGUCUGGUAUGACGAUGGCACUUUGAACAGCGAUGCACCACAAGACCUGCUCUCCACCCAAGACUGGCGCCUUCUCCUCGCCGCCUUCGGCAACACUCGCCUUUUUUUUCAACCAGAAGAAGACUCAGCACUGGGACACUACCACUCACACCACCAUGUGUGUCCGCAGUGUGUUGCAAAAGAGCUCCAUACAGUGGACAGUCAACAACGAAGGCAAGUACUGCUGCAGAGAUGUUUCAACACACAGAGAGUGUGCUUGAAGUACAAUGAAGAGAGUGGAAGGUUGGAGGCAUUGCCUGUACCUGAAGAAGCUAGACCCGAAGGUGCUCCUUUUGGUCUCAAGUGGUUUGUGGCUGAGCAAACCAACAUGAGCAACAAGGCUGGGUUCAAGGGUUUAUGGGAGGCAACUUGA